AUGCUUUUCGGUGCUGGUUUCUGUUUCUUCAUGAUUGCUCGACGAUGCAAACGACCUAAGCCCUCGAGUCAUAGUCCAGCGUACCCGCUCCCCCCAAUUAUAGACAUUCCAGCCAGCGAAAUAUUUUCAUCCCCGCAGAAGGCUUAUGAAUCGGCCUUGAAGAAUCAUGGACCCGUGAUUGGAGUGUGGAGGAAAGGAAGGCUCGAGUAUAUCGUAGACGAGGAGUGUGCCAAGGAGGUCCUAUCGAAUGACCAAGAUUUCAGUUUCGAACGUGGGACAGCUAGGGUCCUAAACCUGGGGUUUAUAAUACCCCUGAGCACAGGCAAAUUUUUCAAGGACGUGCACAUGAUGGUCACUGGUGGUAUCAUCCAAAGGAUAGAAAAGAUAGUGGAUCAGAUAUUUCCCACCUUCAAACGUCAAGCUCAUAGAAUCGUAAAAAACUCCCAGUCAUCAGGGAACGGUGUCGACCUGUUCGCACACGUGCACCGUUGCAUCGCGGAGGCGAUGUUAAUCACCGUCGUGGGUGAGAAAUACGUCAGCGACCGUACCCUGCAAGUCACAGAGGAGACAGCACAUGCCAUCGCAACCAUGACGGGUAUCUACCAAAAUAUGUCGCCUUUCGCACGGACGUUCCCGAAGACAUGGAAGGUUAUAACGUGGGCGAGACUGGUGGUGAAAGUCAUUAUUUUCCAAUAUUGUCGCGUCAUCGUGCCCAUCAUAUGGAGAGAAAUUUGCAGACGCAAAUACCGGCCCUUAAACUCACGUGUAUCAGAGUACAUCGACGAAGAGGAAAGACACGAUGAGCCGCUCGUCCACUACAUCGCCAGAAUGUACACGGACUCCCAAGGUCAUGUUUCCAUCCUUUCUGCAAUGUGGGUGUCUACCCUGGUGCUCGCUUUUAUUUUCGCAUCUGUACACCAAACAGCUGCCGUCACAGUCUGGGUAGUAUUCGAAUUGUCCAUUCGAAAAGAGUACUUAGCUUCCGUACAAGAGGAGUUAUCGGCGAUUGCGGAUGGUAUAGACAGUGGCGGUCUCCACAAGUUGACAUACGAUGCUUCGCGACGAUCGACAGUCCUUGAUUCUUUCAUCCGCGAGGUCCUCAGAACCAAAGGGGACACCUUGAGUAUAGUCCGUGAAACGACCCGUGACGUUUCUCUGGCAGGUCGCACCAUUCCAAAAGGAAACUUCGUUUACCCGAUGACUACUCUCACGCAUCGCAGUCACAGGCUGUACGGUGAGAAGGCUGCUGAGUUUGACCCGAACAAAUGGCUGGAGGGGCCGGCCUCGUCGACGGUAGAUCCAGGAUACUUGCCUUUCGGUUUCGGAAGAUGGGCGUGUCCUGGUCGCAUCCUAGCGGUUACUGAGAUCAAGAUGAUCGUACUUACCUUGCUAGCAAUCUCGAUGCCGGAACUUGAGGGCGGUGAAUACACUGUGGUAGAUCCCCUAAACGUGACAAGCGUCCCUCCGGUGGGACGACUCCUUCUGCAUCCAUUGGAUUCAAAGCCAAUGGAAAAUUAGACGCAUGUUGUAGGAUAAUGACCAGAUAUUAGUUAUGGAAAGCCAGACUGUGAACAUACGUAUUGCGGCACGUCCUGGGAACAAGCGGGGAAGUAGUGGCAUUCAUUGCUGGCCCAGAUAUCGACAUUGUGAGUGUAGCAGAACGAGACAGUCAUGCGCCUCUCUUAGGUGCUGGGGCCUGGAUGUGAAUCGCCCUCCGAGUCGGAGGUGGGGAGUGCCCAGAAUCGCUCGAAGGAAGAUAUUCGUGGGAAGAUGCUUUCUGGAGUCUGUACCAUCAUGUCGCCUUCAAAAAGUCUGAAUCUUGUCUCCUUGUUUACUGACUGACCGGGUGGCGAAGUGAGCGGAACAGGUCUCUUGCAGAAGUUCUACUGGUUUAUUUCUUUCCUUUGAUUGUAAAAA